GUCCCUGCUGCUCUGUUUAAAUGCCACAGAGUCCCACUGUCAAAACAGAGAGAGGGGCGCCACAAUAUGAUGGACUUUUUUGAGACCAACACUUAUCUUUUCAAUGAUUUGCGCUAUUUGGAAGACGGCGAUCAUGGACCACUGCAGCACCUGGACAUGGCGGGGGUGUCUCCGCUUUACAACGGCAACGACAGCCCGCUAAAUGAGGAUAAUAUUCCAUCUGAGACCGGGGGAGAGAGCAGCGGGGAGGAGCACGUCCUCGCACCCCCGGGUCUCCGUUCGCACUGCGAGGGCCAGUGCCUCAUGUGGGCCUGCAAGAUCUGCAAGAGGAAGUCAGCGCCCACGGACAGACGCAAGGCGGCCACGUUGAGGGAGAGGAGGAGGCUGAAGAAGAUCAACGAGGCCUUCGAGGCGCUGAAGAGAAAGACGGUUGCCAACCCCAACCAGAGGCUACCUAAAGUGGAGAUUUUACGCAGUGCCAUCAGCUACAUCGAGAGGCUGCAGGACUUGCUGCAGACUCUGGAUGAGCAAGAGAAAAUGCAAAAUGGAUCUUCACACAACUUUGACGCUAAAGGACACAGUGUGUCCGGUCAUGAUUACCAGUGGAAAAAGUCCUCGGAGUCCUGGCCGACCUCUGCUGAUCAUUCCACUGCAGCCAUUGUGAACCAGAGAGAAGUAAACGGUGAGAGUACGGGAUCCUCAAGCCUCCUACGCCUGUCAUCCAUUGUGGACAGCAUCAGCAACGACGAUAAAGCCAAAAUCAGCGAGGACAUCUCAGAAAACUGAAACAUCAAUAGUGAAGAUUUUGACUUAAUUUAAAAUUUAAAAUUUCCAUUAUUAUCUGAAAGGUAUUUCCACUAUUUAUUAAGCUGUUCUGCUUUCCAUGUGUCUUCAUUUUUACAGCAGAAGCAACAAAUUUGUACAUAUUUUAUAACGAUGUGAUUUCUAGAUUUAUUUAUUUUAUAUUCAGAAGCACAGGAACUCUUUGAGAAGGCUGAUAUUGUGUUUAAGUAUUUGUACAUAACUUACUAAGAAAAUAAAAAGCUACUUUUGCAAUACUCAAAACCACUGUAUUCCUU